UACUACGCACAACGGAGUGUUAACCGGAAUGCGUUGUUGAAGACUGAUCGGCAAUUACAAAAAAGUAUAAUUAAUUUUCGUUACUGACAUGAUCAUCGUGGUAUUCCACAUACUUUAUCUUCUCGGAAAGUUUGUGUAUCAAAAUUACGGUGCCAAGAAACAAAAGGCCGUGGAUGAUGCCGUGAUGGACCCGGAGAAACCGUUCGAAAUAUCUGAGAGAAUUUAUCUGAUGGUUGAUCCCGAAACACCUCAGUACGACGACAACAAAAAACCUAUAAGAUUCUUCCCGCCCGCGUACGUGCAAAGAUACACUGCCGUGAGUGAUGUACUCAACAGUUCAAAGUAUCGAGGAACAUUACGCAAGGUCGUUGACUUUGGGUGCGCAGAUCUUAAUUUUUUGGUCUAUCUAAAGAAUACGGAUGGUAUAGAGGAAGUACUAUGUGUAGAUAUUGACAGAUCAUUGUUAGAGGCUCACGAAGAUAAGAGUAUCCCAUUGAUCUCUGAAUAUGUACAUACCAGGACGGCACCCCUUGUAAUCGAAGUGUGCGAAGGUAGUGUUACUCAUAAUGACAAAAAAUUAGAAAAGACAGAUGCUGUGAUUUGUAUAGAAUUGAUCGAGCAUUUGUAUCCGGAUACUUUAAACGACCUCCCUUACAAUAUUUUUGGGUUUAUAAAGCCAAAGGUGGCGAUCAUAACAACGCCAAACGCGGAUUUCAAUGUACUGUUUCCGAAUUUUUCCGGAUUCAGACAUCAUGAUCAUAAGUUCGAAUGGACUAGACAACAGUUUCAAGAUUGGGCUGAUAAUAUCGUUUUAAGAUACCCAGAUUAUAUAGUAACUUUCCACGGUAUUUGUAAAGGGCCGGAGGGUACGGAGCACUUAGGAUGUUGCACUCAAAUGGCAGUGUUUCAUCGUCUCAGCGAAAAAGAUAGCUGUAAUUUAGGCAUCGAAGGUUUAUUCAAAACUGUUGCCAGACACGAGUAUCCAUUUCACGUGGAUAAUCGUUCGGACGAGCAAAAGAUCCUCGACGAGGCCGCGUAUUACAUCCGACACUUAGCGUUUCAAGAUUGUAACAUGGACGAAGAGGUGCCAUUGAAAAAAUUAUGGGAAAUGUUGAAAUCAUUUCACAUUUCAAUAGACAUAUUAAGAACAAUCUUGGAAGAGGCUGGCUGGUCAGUUGUGAACCGUGAAUUUGGACCAGUUAUACAAGUGCCACCGCAAUCCACAUUCUCCGAUUACAAUAACGUAGAAAACGAACUUUGGUCUAACGAUUCAUCCAUCACGGGCGAGGAUGACUGGGACAGAGAUCCUGGUCCACCUGAAAACUCUUCCAGACUUUGGGAAGAAAAUCUGUCUUCGGAAGACUGGAAUAACGAGAACUGGGACGAGGAACCAAGUAUUAUUAUCCCACAGAACAAUUCUGUCGCGGAAAACAACACAUAUCUUUUCGACGGAGAAAACAUGUUACUAGAUAGCAUCACAGACACGACGAAAGAUUUUGAGAUUUUAGAAAAAUAUAUCGAAACUAACAGCAGAAGAAAUCUAGAUGCAAAACCCUCGCUUUCGAGCAACGUCGAUCGUAUGAUCGUAGACGAUUCGAACGAUUUAUCGUUGGGCCAUAACGUUCCACCAGAUUUAAAUAAAUCGAUGGUGUUGUCCGGUACUUCUCUCGAUAUGAAUUUAGAAGACACGAAAGAUUCGUCAAUCGAUUUGAGCGCGCAAGACGGCGCAGUGUCGAACACCGCACAAAAACUAAGUCGUAUGUUAGAUUUUCAGGAGCACAUGUCCGUUUCGCGCGCGUCUACUUCACCCGAACCAUACCUAUUGCAAACUGUUAAAAUGGGCCAGCAUUUAAGGGACGAUAGUCUGUGUAAUGAAAGCAUGAGCGGUUACUGGAUGUUGAACAAUUCGCUCGAUCGGUCAGACGCAUCGAAAGAUACGAUUUCGGAUGCAAAUGAUGAUAAAGGUAAGAAGUUGUCACCAAAGAACGAUCUAGAUGUUUCUAAUAGCUUAUGUAGCAUAUAUUUAAAUACGUCGUAUAGAAAUGGCGAAGAUUCCGAAUCUAAAAAUGUAAAUAGUAACGCAGACGCAAGCGGGAGAUGUUCCAGUACGAAUCAAACGCAAAGUGUUCAACAAGAUGGUAACUUUCCAAGAGAAGAUAGAUUACAAUUAAACAACAGCGUAUCUUUUAAUAGUGUUACGAUAGAUAGUCAGCCGCAAUUUACGAGCUCCCCGAAAAUCGAUGUAAAGGUAAAUACCACAGGUAAAAAGCGAAGGUCCCCUGAUCGUAGCGAGCAAAGAAACAAUAGCGAUUCGUUAAGCACGUUAAAGCAACUUCAACUAACAAGACUUAGUAGCAAUAAUUCAUUAGAGAGUACUAACAACGCGUCUUUGCAAAGUAAUACCGAUGUCGAUGUGCGUACAAUGUCAAACGUUAGCUGUAGCGCAAUAAAUAUGCGAUGCAACGAAAAACAGGAUCCUGUAUACGGGAUAGAUUGCGGGAACGAUGUGGUGGAUCAUUCUAACGAUAGUACGUUUACCGAUAGCGACGCGUCAACGUUAACCGCUUCGUUCAACGAUGACAAACAAACGUCGAAACAACUAUAUUUAACGGAGUCUCCUAAUAAGGACGAAAGCGCAAUGUUCACCACGAUCGAACAAAACGAGACUGCUGCAAUAAACCCAAAUAAUAUUCAGUCGAUAAAUUGUGAUACGAAGUUUCAGUUAGCCGGGCAACAAGUAAUCGUUCGACCGGAAACCAGCGACGGCGUUAAUACUGAAACGAAGUCUGUAUCGCAGAAGGAUACUCGUGAACCUGUAGAUAGUACCAAAAUUUCUUGCAACCAUGCCAAAGAUGUUAGCAAUUUAAAGAGUAUAAUUCUCGUGUCCAACGCGUACGACGAAGAGCCAAACCGCGUUCAGUCUACGUCGGUAUCGAGACAGGAUGGACCAGCCGAGUGUAGCGCGAACAAUCGUGAAUUGAAAUGUAAAGACGCGAGUCCUAACGAUUUAGAGAUAGUGGAGAACAUCGAGGCAAAGCCUUCUUCGCCGGAAGCCGUGGAAACGCCGCCAAACAGCAGGUCCCCGGAAGUGAUGGACUCCGGAUACCCGAACUCAGCCUCCGCUCAGGAUAUGACGCCGGAAUAUGACUUGUCGAGCAUAGCACAAGAUCACAUAUCUGAUUCAGAACCACCGAGUAUAGCAGAAGCGCCGAGACUCGGGGUCCUCGAACCGGUUGAGGUUGAAAAUGGCGAUCUAGUGAACAACAACAGAGACGGAGAGGGCAAUAACAUGAUAGCUGUGGAGUUGAACGACGAGUUAGAAGACCUGUUGCUGAUCGACGUGCUAGAAAACGAUCUUGAAAACGAGAAUGACAUUUACGCGAUGGAGAAUGAUUUUCCUAUCUGGUUGUUAAGAAUCCUCGACAUGGCCAACCCCAUCGACGUCGAAAUGCAAAUCAGGGAUCGUAGAGAAGCGAGGUUUCCUGACGGGAUACAUAUAGGAGGCGACGUCAGGUACGUCAACGUAGAUCACGACGAAGGAUUCGAUAGUAGUUCCGAGGAAGGGGAUAUCGAUUUAGAAAACAAUGAGAUAGAGGUCGAGAACAACAGUGACGACGGAUAGCGAAAAUGGUUCGCACAGUGAUAGCGGAAGCGAUCGGUGGACUACAGGUGAUACGUGAUACUAUUGAAAUAAUUAUUAUCUAGAUGAUCCCACAUAUCGUACUCACGUAUGUUUACGAAUCUGCGAAUAGCAAUGUGAGAGUAAUACUUUGUGGACAGUAUUUAUUUAAUAUUUUUCACAUUCUAUUCGUUACGUGAAUGUGUUUUUUGUUUUGGUUUUUUUUAAUACGUAAACUCCAGUAUAUUAUUACGAAGAGCAAUGAUCGAGUAUUGUCGCAAAGUUGCGAAAAAGAUAUUUUUUUUUUUUUUUUUUUUACUUUUUGUUUUUCGAAAGAAAUGAAUUGUUUCUGUUUUUUUUUUUCUCGAUAUAUAUAUCUUUUUUUUUUAUCUCCUUUUAUUUAUGUACUUUUCUCGUUGAGGUUGUCUUUGCAUCCCGUCUAUCGAUGAAUUAACGUCUCUGGUAAAAUCGAAACUGUGUUUCAGUACCAAUAAUACCUGCACGCGGUUGUAUACUAUUAAUAAGAUCCGCUUGUUACCACUCGAAGCAAUUAAGGUGUCGAAUUUGAAAAAGAUAUAUACAUAUAUUUUCUUACGAUUUUCAAGACUUCCUCGUCAUGUUGUUUACUUAAGCAUCGUAAGAUUUGUGAGGUGCUGUUUUUACCUGUGUGUAUGGCUUACGAAGUUUAUCGAAUACGUUACGUUUUUUUUCGUAUGUUCGCCCGAUUACCCCUAUUUAAAUAAACCAUUACAUUAAUUUAUGAUGAAAGUUUUUGCAUUGUAACGUUGAAAAAUCUAUCUAAGACUGAAAACUCUGCAUAUCGUUCCGUUUCCACGGUACACCGAACAUGGACAAAUAAAAUAAAAAUGUAUCUUC